AUGGCCCUUUCGCCGCAGCAUCAACAGCACCGCCUUCGCUCUCUCGAUGACGACGUCAUCGGGGGCAUCAGUUGGAAGCAGAUCCUCCAAUUAGCCCUCAUCUCGUUGGCAUGUUUCUUCGACGCACAACAAAAUUUUAUCACCAUCUUCACCGACGCCCAGCCCAAAUGGAGCUGCAAAUCUCGAUCCCCUGCCGCGUGCGCCGACAUGUGUCGGUUGCCGGAGGGCUCAUGGUCAUGGGAUUCCUCCGCGCACUCGUCCACCGUGUCCCAAUGGUCCCUCCAGUGCGCGAGCCCGAUUGUCCGUGGCUUGCCCGCCUCGUCCUUCUUCCUUGGCUGCCUGAUCGACGGCCUAGCCCUCUCCACACUGGCCGACUCCAGUCUCGGUCGAAAGAACAUGCUCGCCCUAUCCUGCCUCGUCAUGUCGGUUUUUGGGUGCCUAACCGCGCUUUCCAUGAACGUGUGGAUGUACGCCGCGCUCCGAUUCAUGAGCGGUAUCGGACGUGCCGUGAUCGGCUCGUGCUCGUUUGUCCUCGGGACCGAACUCGUCGGCCAAAAAUGGAGGGGGAAAGUCGGCAUUUUUGGCUUUGUGUGUUAUGACCUCAGCUUUCUCUCCCUCCCGAUUUUGGCAUAUCUGCUAAGGGGGUCCUCUUGGAGAUUAAUGUACAUUUGCACUUCCGCUCCCUGUGUUUGCUACUCAAUUCUUGUCUACUUUUGGGCUCACGAGUCUCCGAGAUGGCUUUUCAUCAAGGGUAAAAAAAGGGAAUUUGCGAGGACCCUCAAAAGCCUCUUGCGAAAGGAGAAUUUUGAUCUCACCAUGGUGGAUUCUUUGCAGUGGGCUGAGGAUUCUGCAGAACAGAAUCACUCUGUUGCGUUUAAAGUCUUGCUCGUGUGUAAGUGGGCAUUGAAGAGAUUGAUAAUGAGCUCCGUGGCAGGGUUCGCAGUUGGGCUGGCCUACUAUGGGAUGCCUUUAGGCCUCGGGAGUCUGCACUUCAAUUUAUACAUAAGUGUCGGGCUGAAUGCCUUGUCGGGCCUCUUGUCGAAUGUGGCCCUGCUAUUUGUGAUUGGGAGAAUGAGGCGGAAGGUGUUGAUGGGUGGGUUGUGUUUCCUAAGCGGUGUUUGCAACUUGGCGGGCGUGUUCGUGGCGCUGAAGGGGUGGAAGAUGGGGAUGGAACUACUCUCGUUCUUUUGGGCGGGUAUGGCUUUUAACGUGUUGCUGGUGUAUGUGAUGGAGAUGUUCCCGACGUGCGUGAGAAACUCGGCUGUGUCGGUUGUGAGGGAGGCCAUUUUAUUGGGCGGGUUUCUUGGGCCCGUGGUUGUGGAUGUGGGGCCCGCGGGGAAGGGGUUUUUCCCAUACGGGGUCUUUGGGGUGACGAUAUUGGUAUGCGGGUUAUUUGUGUUGUGGCUUCCGGAAACGAAAGGGAGGGUGUUGUUCGAUACUAUGGACGAAGAGGAGGACUAUAGAGGAGCUGUCUCACAAUCGCACUUGUGGCACAGUCGCUUGGGCCACAUGUGCGAAAAAGGAAUGAAGAAGCGAGUGAGCUUCAUAACCACCGGGAGAGCUCCAAAGACAGAAAAACUGGAGCUCGUGCACACUGACUUAUGGGGGCCAGCACCGGUGACAUCUCUUGGAGGAUCGAUGUACUACAUGACGUUCGUCGAUGACUGCACAAGAAAGGUAUGGGUAUACUUUCUGAAAAGAAAAUUCGAAGCCUUUGAUACUUUCAGGAGAUGGAGAGCACUCGUGGAGAAAGAGACAGGUCUGGAAGUGAAAUGUCUCAGAUCCGACAACGGUGGCGAGUACAACAGUGAAGCCAUCAAAGAAUACUGCGCUGAUCAUGGGAUCCGGAUGCAGAAGACGGUCCCAGGGACACCUCAACAAAAUGGCAUUGCAGAGAGGAUGAACAGAACACUGAAUGAGCCAGAUUCAGUGGGAGCUCAGAUAGAUGAGAUCGAGCGUACAGAAGAAGAGGCAGAACCAGAAUCGGAUGAACCGAUUGUUGAGAGCAGCACGCCUCUAGCACUGGGCCGAGAACUGAGGAUGAGAAGGGCCCCGGAUAGAUGGGUCUAUCGGGUCAAGGAGGAAUCAGAUGGAACAAAACGGUACAAGGCCAGACUUGUAGUAAAGGGAUUCCAACAGAGAUACGCCGCAUGGGUCUCACCGAAGAGGUUGCUUCAUCCUGCCCCCAACGUCAUGCUGGCCCCACCUAUCCAGCCACUAGUUCCCACCGAGUUUCAGGGAGCUUGA